UUCGGUGUGGGUGUGAUCCCACGGAAAGUAAGGACAAGAUCGUGCUGUAAAAUGUGCCGUUCGAACUUUGGAUACGUCUUAGCACUAAGAUUCUAAUUACUAGCGUUGCACAGCUUUAUACUUAGAGAAGAGCGAAAGAGACUCCAUUUUAUUCUUUUUUCUCAGGACCUAAGCCAUUCUUUCGGGGAAACAGGUUCUAGCAGCAUACAUUGUAAAUUGAUGCUUGUAUGGUCGACCAAUGAGGCCUGCUGAUGAGCGCUCUGCAUACGGAGGAUUGAGCUACAUGUAACCUUGUUCAGAUGUACUUUUAGCUGCUGACAAGAGGGAAGUGUUUUUCUUUGGAGGAGAGAUUCUGCAGACUCAGACUGUGUGAGUAAAGGUGGUCAGGACAACGGCAUCACCAUGCCAGGAGUUGGGUUCAUCCGUGUGAAGCUCCUUCAGGUGGAGAAGGGUGAAGGGAUGGUGACAGCGCCUGGAGAAGUCUUCGACCCAUAUGUCGCUGUCAAUGUAAAGGAAGCAAUCAAUUCUCCAGGCCGUGGGUUGCAGUUAGUGCAGAAGAAACGAACCAUCUACCCAGAAUGGAACACCUGCUUUGACUCCCAUCUGUAUGACGGAAGAGUCAUCCAGAUGAUUGUUAUGGAAAGACCAAAUAAGUUUAUAGCAGAUAUCAGUAUUGGUGCUCGUGUCUUGGCGGAGAAAUGCCAAAAUGGGGGAGUGGCAACAGUAUGGUUGGAUUUGAAACCAGCUGGUCGCAUUGAGGUCCAAAUACGAUUUUUCUCAGAAGACAUGGAGGCUGACAGUUUUGAAGGCAAGAAAACUGCCAAGGAGCAACUGCGGGAAAAUGCAAGUGUUCGAGAUCAGGAACCCAAGGGUGGUAUAAGGAGGAGGAGAGGAGCCAUGAAACAACAGAGAGUCCAUGAAGUUAAUGGACAUGAAUUCAUAGCAAAGUUCUUCAGGCAGCCAACCUUCUGUUCAAUCUGCACUGAAUUUAUCUGGGGUUUAAACAAACAAGGCUACUGUUGCAAGUUGUGUAGUUGUGCAGUACACAAACGGUGCCAUGAUAAGAUUCUCGGAAAAUGUCCAGGCAGUGCCAAAGACAGUAGAGAAACAAAGAUGCUGACUGAGCGGUUUAACAUUAACAUCCCCCACCGUUUCAAGGUCAACAACUAUAUGUCUCCCACAUUUUGUGAUCUUUGCGGAUCAUUGUUGGUGGGACUGUUCAGACAAGGUCUGAAGUGUGAAGUGUGUGGUAUCAACUGUCACAAGAGAUGUGAGAAAAACAUGGCAAACCUGUGUGGUGUAAAUCAGAAGCUACUGGCAGAUGCGCUGCAGCAGGUGCGGACAAGUUCAGGAUCAGGAAGGCUGCCAAAACACCCUCCUUUGUCAUCCACAUCCUCAUCUGCACCAUUAUUGGACGAUGAUGAUGAUUCAGAAUGCUACGAGGAGAUUUGGGCCAAACCAGAUGCCCCUAUCAACCCCCCAGAAUACGACACACCAGCUUUUCCUCUUAGAAAAUACAGUCCUAGUGACUUUGUGCUCUUAAAAGUUUUGGGCAAAGGAAGUUUUGGAAAGGUUAUGUUAGCGGAACUCAAAGGACAUGGGAAGUAUUUUGCCAUCAAAGCCCUGAAGAAGGAUGUAGUUCUGGAGGAUGAUGACGUUGAGUGUACAAUGAUAGAGAAGCGAGUGUUAGCACUGGGCUGUAAGCAUCCAUACCUCACCCACCUCCACAGCACCUUCCAGUCACUGAGUCAUUUGUUCUUUGUGAUGGAGUACCUGAAUGGUGGAGAUCUGAUGUUUCACAUACAGACAGCCGGAAUGUUUGACCUGAAGCGUGCAACGUUUUAUGCAUCUGAGAUUUUAUUGGGCCUUCAAUUCCUUCAUUCUAAAGGAAUAAUUUACAGAGAUUUGAAGUUAGACAAUGUUUUAUUGGACAAGGAUGGACACAUAAAGAUAGCAGAUUUUGGGAUGUGCAAAGAAAACAUAUACGGAGAGAAUAAAGCAACAACCUUUUGCGGUACUCCAGAUUAUAUAGCUCCAGAGAUUUUACGUAACGCAAAGUAUAACCACUCUGUGGACUGGUGGUCAUUUGGGGUAUUGCUAUACGAGAUGCUGAUUGGACAGUCACCGUUUCACGGAGAUGAUGAGGAUGACCUGUUCCAGUCUAUCCUUCACCAAACACCUCAGUACCCACGGUCAUUAUCUCGGGAAGCUGCUUCAUGUCUUAGUCUGUUGUUUGAGCGAAAUCCCACUGAGAGGUUAGGUAUGCCUAAUUGCCCUGCUGGGCCAAUCCGGUCACAUGCUUUCUUUGCCAAAGUGGAUUGGGACAAAUUGGAGAACAGGGAAGUGGAUCCUCCCUUCAAGCCACGGGUGAAAUCACCAAGUGAUGUGUCUAACUUUGACAAGGACUUUACAAUGGAGAAGCCUCAGCUUAGCCAUUCUGACAAAGACUACCUGAAAACAAUGAACCAAUCAGUGUUUAAGGGUUUCAGCUUUACCAACCCAACCAUGUGAGCGUGAGAAAGGCAGGGGCAGGGCUGGUCAACAGAAAUGUCCUGCUUUUUGCUGAAUCCCCAUGGUCUAAGCUUUAUGAACUUUAUGAUCACCAUUGUACCAUUUAAUGUAGGAUUUCUCUUCUCUAAGUGCAAGAAUGUUAUAAACAAAGUCUAAUCACUCCUUAUGAUACACAUGUAUAGUAUUUAAGCCCAUAUUUUCCACCUUCAGUUGUAUAUUUAAUUAUUAUUCGCAUAAUUUUGUCAUCACUGAAUGGUUCUUAAGAGUUGCACCUUCAUAAUCAGAAGACAUGUACAUGUACUGUUGGUAUAGUGUAAAUUUUCAACCUUUUCAACCACUAUAAUAUAUAUAGUGUUCAUAAAACUGUGCAGAUUAUUUCUCUACAACUCAUACUUUUCAAAAUAUUGGUCACAUUGGUGGUUGAAAAGGCUGAAGAAUUAGGGUACAUUUACGGAUAUCUCCCAUUGGCUGUCUUGUUAUAUUUAUCAUAUUCAGUCAGUAGUAGUUUUAACUUUUCAUAAAUUUAGUUAUUAAAGUCUUCAGGGCUUCAACUGUGCCCUAUAUAUGUCCUACAUUUUUAGCUCUCUCCUAUAUUUUCCUAAGGAAAGGACAAAUAUGCAGUAAAGUGGCCAACUGAAUUAUUGGUGCUUUUUUCAGGGCCUUUAUGCAGCCUUUGGACUCUUUGGCUUUUGGGUUUAGAUAAAUAUCAGUAUGUGUAGUUCUGAUGCUUGCACCUGAAAAAGUUAAGGCUUCAGUCACCAGAAAGGUCAUAAAACUUGGCCUCGUCUUUUAGGCUGACAUAGUACCAUUGUGAAACAUUAAACAGUCCUCUGUAGGGCUGGAAUAGUAAUUCGGGACAUGCAAUAUGUAAAGGACAAAGAUUCAGUUUAUCCAGGCGUAGUAUAAUUUGAGAUUUCUUUAAAGUUGUGUAUGUAAACAGGGUUUCCAGGGUCUUGAACCCUUGUCUGUUGGGCAGAGAUAUGUGUGGUAGUUCCAUGACUUCAGUCACUCAAAUUUAUGAUAUUCCUUCAGCCUGAGUACUUUAAAUGUGUCCUUAUUCGGUCUUUAUGUCCUAUACUUGUCCUGUAUUUCUCUGAUAAGCAUUCUAUAUUUAGUUCUGUAUUUUGUCUGGUAAUCAGUGGAAGCCCUGAAUUUCACAAUGUUAACAUUUGAUUUAUGUGUCUGAUUCAUUUUCCCAAGAGUUUCAUUAAAAGUUUUGGGAGUACAUAAAGAUGUAUAUGUGUAUAUGCCUAUACCCAUUAUUAGAACAGUGUUCUAAUGAUGUUAAGGAAGCAUAUUUCAGGAACUAAUGUAUUAUUUAAGUUUAUUAGAUUUAUAAUUUGUUACUGGUAUAUAAAAGUACGUGUUUAUCUAUAUGUACAAAAGUGAAUGUUACAUUUGCAAAUACUGAAUUGGCUAUCGAGUUGUAUAGUUUUGCUCCUCAGAGUUUCUGUUUCCACUAUCCCCACAGGACCGUAAAUGUUAGUUAUCUAAAUCUUUAAAAAACACUUUGGUGGGUAGAGAGGGUGGUUGCUUUGGAUUUUAAAAUUUUUUUGGCUAAAGCCUGAAGAUAAUGAUUAAGCAAACAAAAAUCAAAAUGUAUAUGUACAUGGAUAUUGAAUGUUGUGAGUUGAAAGAUGUGUAACCUGUGUUCUGUACGUGCCCUAGUAUCAUUCAGAAGAUGUUUGUCACAUAAAAUUCUGUUAAGAAUAUAUGAAUGUAAUUGAAAUUUACCAAAUAUCGCUUAUAGACAUUGUAUUUCGAUUAAAAUUAUCGUGACGGGAAGUGUAUAAAACUUACUUAGUCAAACUACAAAAUAAUUUAUAAAAUUAGUUUUUGAUUGCUGUUUAAGCCCGUACUUAAGAUUUUUUUUGCUUUCUGUUUUGGUCAGUUUUUGUAAUUAUGUGUAUCUCAUCUCAAUUCUACAACUAUCAUAAAUUCGGCUUGAUCGGGACUGAUGCAAAUGAUGAAGUAUCCUAUUUUGGAUUGUGUAUACAUGUAAAUGUUCUUUCAAAAUUUGUCUUUUAUUAAUCUGUUAUCGACAUUUAACAUUUUUUUUAUUUGACUUAAUAGAUUUUAACAAGUAGAUUUUGUCCGGGAGGUAAAUUUUAGCAUGAAAAGUAAUAUUUUGAAGACCUUUAUUUGCCUUUUUGAAGACCUUUAAAAAUGCACUUUUUAUGGGAAUUAUGUGCAUGAUAUUUGGCUCUCAAAAAAAUAAAAAGAAUAAAAACAGACAUAAUAAAUCUCUUUAACUGUGUUCACAAGAUCCAAUCUAACAAAAAGCAAUUUCUCUCCCCUGUCCACCAGGUAAAGACUUGAUAUUGAUCAGCAAGUCCAAUAAGACCCAUAGAACAGAUGUGUUCGUUGUAAUUGUGUAAUGGAUUGUACUUUCUUUUGAUAAUGUAUACAUGUAGUUCACUUUGUAUGAUCUGAUGUGUUGGAAUGUUUUUAAGCCUGGUCUAUUAGUCUAUUACUACUGAUGUUUUACUUCCGAAUAUGUUCCCUUUUGACUGUGGUGGAAUGAAUUUAUAAAUUCUGAAAAUUAAUGUAUACAUGUAUUUUCUAAAUUUUUUAGCUUUUCUACAUUUCAGAACAUUUUUGAUAAUAUUCACUAGAAAGGGCUGUUUUUUAAGUCUGCUCGUUAGCGUGCAGAUGUGAUAUGCCUGUCAGCAUAAUGCAUGUUUUUAAAUAUGUUAUAUCUUUUCUCAAUUCAACACAGAGGUCUUUUUACUAUGUGAUGAAAUAUGUGACAUACUCCAUAAAUGUUUCAUACCAAAAGGAUAAAACCUUUCAUCUUGCAUGGACAUAUAAUGGAAUAAUCUUUAUUAUAUUAUAGUACAUGUAACAAAUUAACCCAUGUAUGAGUUAUAUGCUCCUGUGCCUUUCAAUCUUGUGAUCUUACUCUGUUAACCAAUAACACUCGCGUUAUUGCCAAGUCUGUGCCUGCAUAUACAUGUAAAUUCGCCUCGUGCCUAUAGCAUUCACUGUUGUUAAUGAUAUAUGUUACUAAUGUUUUCAAUAUAAAAUGGCAUUGCACAACGAGUGUUUUCUGUGGCAAUGGAAUGUUGUAAAUAAUAACACAUACCAAGAUGUGUAUCAUCAUUACUAUCGUCGUAAAGGUCAGA